GAAUUAUACAUUUGAGCUAACACCUUGUCAUCUACCGAGUGGCACCGCCGCUUUAAACUUUAAAGAAACCAAUUUGUUACAAAAUCGUUUCCAGCAUCAGCGGUAUCUUCUGUUUCGCGACACUGAAUUUUGAUUAAUGGAAGGCUCUGAAAAACAUGAAGAAACCCACUCAAAUAGAACCGAAAGAUUAGCUGGAACUGUAAACUGGGGCACAGCCACUGUCAUUGGAGUGUUUGCAGGCAUGUUAUAUGGAGGUAGUAAGGAAGCUGCUGCUUCAGUUAGCAAAGAUGCAGAAGUAAUGUUGAAGCUUGGCAGCACUCCAGAUAAACGAGAGCAGUAUCGGUUGAUGCGAGAUGCAAUGGAAAAAAGGUUUAUCCGAGUCACUCGUGGCUCAAUUGUAGGUGGAAUUCGACUUGGAAUGUUCACUGCUGGGUUCUAUGGUUUACAGAAUUUGUUGGCUGAGAAACGAGGUGUCCAUGAUGUAUUCAAUGUUGUUGGCGCUGGUUCAGCAACUGCUGCAGCCUUUGGUCUAAUUAUGCCUGGGUCUCUUCAAUGGCGUGCAAGGAAUGUGGUGCUAGGUUCGGUUCUUGGAGCAGCUAUAUGUUUUCCUCUUGGAUGGAUCCACUUGAAGCUUGUAGAGAAAGCAAAUGAAGGGAAUAUGGCUGCUAAAAGUUCAGGUGAAAUUGGAGAAGCAAAGAGUGGUCUUGGGGCUGCCAUUGAUCGGCUUGAAGAAAACUUGAAUAAGUAGACCCACCAAUUUUUGCAUAGAUAGAGAACACUACUGACAGCAUUGGCAUGGAACUAAAUUUACUGCUUUUGGCAAUGUAUUCAUUGUUUUUAAGGGCUAAAGUUUUGCAUGGGAUAAAGGGCUGAGGAGGUUGGAAAUAUGGAACUGUUAUUUGUGCAAUCUUAUUCUCUUGCUAUUGCAAAUGUAGUAUAAAUGUUGUUGGUGAUGCUCUAUUGUUAAUCAUCUUAUUGUCUGAAAUCUUUAGAGUAGAAUGAAAACUAUUGUCUGAUCUAGUGUUUGCCUUUUCUGAAGAUUCAUCGAUGAUAAGAUUUAUUGAGACGGUUUUAUCAUGAAAUUCAAAUGUGUGUUUAUUA